AUGCCUCAGUAUCGUAAUCACGGACAGCAACAACAACAACAGCAGCAGCAGCAGCAGCCAAGUCAGCCGUAUCACGGCUACUACACUGGUAAAAAACCAGAAGGACAACCUUACUAUGGUUACUAUUCUGGGUUCAACAAAAGCGCAUCAGCACAAAUUCACCAUUUGGCUAAAACAAUAACAACCCAACAACAAUCAUUUUUCGAUGAAAGCUAUAUUAGACAACCACACGCCACAGCUGCAACUCCUCAUGGAGUGAAUCCUUUCUUGGACAAGACAGAUCCCACUUUGGAUCCAAAUUCCCCCAGUUUUAGCUCCAAGAGAUAUGUGCAGAAUAUGUGGAGGUUAUACCAGAGUGAUUCCGACUACUAUAAACCAGGAAAAUUGGGAGUUGCUUACAAGAAUUUGCGAGUCUAUGGAGAUGCCGUGGAAACUGAUUAUCAAACCACUGUAUCCAAUGGUGUUGCCAAGUAUGCUAGAAAUGUGAUUAACAAGAUAACCAACAAGAAGGAAGAAAACACCUUUGAUAUUUUGAAACCAAUGGAGGGUUUGAUAAAACCAGGAGAGGUCACUGUCGUGCUAGGUAGACCAGGAGCUGGUUGUACAACUUUUCUCAAAACCAUCGCUUGUCACACUGAUGGUUUCAAUGUUGCUGAUGGCUCCAUAAUUUCUUAUGAUGGUAUCACGCCUGAAGAGAUUAAACAAAAUUUAAGAGGUGAAGUGGUUUACUGUGCUGAAACCGAAACCCAUUUCCCUUAUUUGACAGUUGGUCAGACUUUGGAGUUUGCCGCUUUAAUGAAGACACCAAGAAAUAGACCACUUGAUGUAUCGCGUGAGCUAUACGCAAAACAUCUUGUUGAUGUGGUUAUGGCAACCUAUGGAUUGUCGCACACAAAAAACACCAAGAUUGGUAAUGAUUUCGUACGAGGUGUGUCAGGUGGUGAACGUAAAAGAGUUUCCAUUGCUGAAGUUUCGUUGGUGCAGGCAUCAAUUCAGUGUUGGGACAAUUCAACUCGUGGGUUGGAUGCUGCUACUGCCCUUGAAUUUAUCAGUUCUUUAAAGACUUCGGCCUCGAUUUUAAAUGAUACCCCGUUGAUUGCUAUCUAUCAAUGCUCACAAGAUGCUUAUGACUUGUUUGACAAGGUCAUUGUCAUGUAUGAAGGAUACCAAAUCUUUUUCGGUUCAAGUCAACGUGCAGUAGCAUAUUUCCAAAAGAUGGGAUUUGUUUGUGAGGAAAGACAAACGACACCUGAUUUCCUUACAUCAAUCACCAACCCGGCAGAGCGUAUAGUCAAACCAGGAUUUGAAAAAAUUGUUCCUCGUACACCAAAGGAGUUUUACCGUUACUGGAGAAGAUCACCAGAAAGACAAGCUUUAGUGGAAGAAAUUGAUGAAUACUUGGACAAUUGUGAAAAUUACGAUCAGAAGCAAGAGAUUUUCGAAGCCAUGCAAGCUAAAAAGUCAAAAAAUACAAACAAGAAAUCCCCUUACACCGUUUCAUUACCUAUGCAAGUACGGUAUAUUAUAAAGCGAAACUUUGAUCGAAUGAAGGGUGCACCAUCAUUCCCAAUUUUGACAGUCAUUGGAAAUGUCAUUAUGAGUUUAAUCUUGGCAUCAGUGUUUUACAAUUUGCAACCAAAUACUGGAUCGUUUUAUUAUCGUACUGCUGUCAUGUAUUAUGCUUUAUUGUUUAACUCGUAUUCGUCGGUAUUGGAGAUUUACACUGUUUAUGAAACUAGACCCAUUGUUCAAAAGCAUCGUGAAUAUGCUUUGUAUCCACCGUUGGCGGAUGCAAUAGGAUCGAUAUUGGCUGAUUUCCCGUUGAAAAUUAUUAGUAGUUGCUGUUUCAACUUGGCACUUUACUUUAUGGUUAAUUUCAAGCGUGAGCCAGGAGCAUUCUUCUUUUACUUGUUGAUCAAUUUCCUUGCUACCUUGAUGAUGUCGCAUUUGUUUAGAACGAUUGGUGCAUUUACAAAGACAUUGGCCGAAGCAAUGACGCCAUCGUCAUUGUUGUUGUAUGCCAUGAGUACAUUCACUGGGUUUGCCAUUCCAGUAACCUAUAUGCUUGGCUGGUGUAAAUGGAUCCACUAUGUUAAUCCGUUGUCGUAUGCUUAUGAAGCCCUUAUAGCUAACGAGUUUCAUGGCCGCACUUUUGAAUGUUCUCGAUUUGUUCCGCUGGGAUUUGGAUACCCCAAGGAAGGUAACUCAAUUGUUUGUGCAACACUUGCUGCACUUCCAGGCUCGACUUUUGUUGAUGGUGAUUUGUACAUUAAAACUGCCUUUACCUACGAGUGGAAAAAUGCGUGGAGAAAUUUUGGCAUCUUGUUGGCAUUUGUCAUUUUCUUGUUCUUCACCACAUUGUUUUUUGUACAAUACAGUCAAGCAGCUAAAUCCAAAGGUGAGAUUUUGGUUUUCAAGAGAAGACAUGCCAAGAAUAUGAAGUCUUAUGAGGAUGAUGAGGAAGCAUACAUGGAGGACCAGAAGGCGUUGGAAUAUAGCGGAUCAACAGAAAUGAGUGAUGAAACAGACUCGUAUGAGUAUGUCGAUCGUAAAAUGUUGCAAACUUCCAAUGUUUUCCACUGGCGUGAUUUGACCUACAAGUUGCACAUCAAAGGAGAAGAAAGAACCAUUUUGAAUGGCGUUGAUGGAUGGGUUAAGCCUGGUGAAGUGACAGCAUUGAUGGGAGCUUCAGGUGCCGGAAAGACAACAUUGUUGAAUGCCUUGAGUGAACGGUUGACGGUUGGUGUUAUUACUUCUGGUUCGCGAAUGGUUAAUGGAUGCCAAUUGGAUAAUGCAUUCCAACGACUGAUUGGAUAUGUUCAACAACAAGAUUUGCAUUUGGAAACUUCGACUGUACGUGAAGCAUUAAGAUUUAGUGCUUAUUUGAGACAAUCACGCACGGUUUCUCGUGCUGACAAGAAUGAAUAUGUGGAAAAGAUUAUUGAAUUGAUGGAAAUGGAACCUUACGCUGAAGCCGUUGUUGGUGUGCAAGGAGAAGGUUUAAACGUUGAGCAACGUAAACGGUUAACCAUCGCGGUUGAGUUGGUGGCUAAGCCCAAGUUGUUGUUGUUUUUGGAUGAGCCAACAUCAGGUUUGGAUUCACAAACAGCAUGGUCGAUUUGUAAAUUGAUUCGAAAAUUGGCUAAUCAUGGACAAGCCAUUUUGUGCACCAUCCAUCAACCGUCCUCGAUUUUGUUGGAAGAGUUUGAUCGGUUGUUGUUCCUUCGUAGCGGUGGUGAAACUGUUUACUUUGGAGAUUUUGGUUACCAGUGUCAAACAUUGAUUGACUAUUUUGAACGCAAUGGGGCUCCCAAGUGUCCUGAUGAUGCCAACCCUGCUGAAUGGAUGUUGCAUGUAAUUGGAGCUGCUCCUGGGUCCAGUGCUACCAGAGAUUACUUUGAAGUGUGGCGCAAUUCGCCAGAGUAUCGUGCGGUUCAAAAUGAAUUGGAUGAAAUGGAACAAAUGGGAACUGGAGCGGUUGGAUACGGACAUGCCCCUAGUGGUACGACUACCCCAUCAACAAAGAAGUUGUGGAGUGAUGAAAAGGAAGCCAGAAGAACAUAUGCAUCACCACUCCGGCUCCAAUAUUAUUAUGUUUUGAAACGGUUGUUUCAACAAUAUUGGCGUACACCAUCGUACAUUUACUCGAAAUUUGCCAUGGCCAUCUUGUGUUCAAUGUUUAAUGGGUUCACUUUUUUCAAAUCAAAAAAUUCAAUGCAAGGUUUACAAAAUCAGAUGUUGUCAAUUUUCAUGUUGUUUGUCGUUAUGACCACGUUGGCGCAACAAUAUGUGCCCAUGUUUGUUACGCAACGUGAUAUAUAUGAAGCUAGAGAACAUCCAUCACGGACAUUUUCCUGGUUUGCAUUUAUUGCUGCUCAAAUCACUUCGGAGAUCCCUUAUCAAGUUGUUGCUGCUGCCAUUUCCUAUUUUGUUUGGUAUUACCCUGUUGGUAUGUACCGUAAUGCUGGAGAUGCUGUUGAACAACGUGGAGCUUUAAUGUGGGUUGCCAUGACAUUGAUGUUUGUGUACAGUUCGACGUUGGCGCAAAUGUGUAUCUCCUUCAACCAAUUGGCCGACAAUGCAGCAAACGUCAUUUCAUUCCUCAUUACAUUGUCGAUGACAUUCUGUGGUGUUAUUGCCACCAAGGAGUUUAUGCCUCGUUUCUGGAUUUUCCUUUAUCGUUGCAAUCCAUUUACUUAUCUUAUUUCGGCAAUGUUAUCAAUUGGUAUUGGUAAUUCUAAAAUCAGAUGCACUAAAAACGAGUACUUACACUUCCCACCCGAAAAACCAGGAGUACAAAAAUGUAAAGAUUACAUGGGGGCUUACAUUUCACUUGCUGGUGGUUACUUGACUAACCCUGAAGCCUCGGACAAUUGUGAAUAUUGUCCCAUGGAUAAAACAAAUCAAUAUUUAAAAACCAUUGAUAUCUCCAUUAAUAACUUCGGACGUGAUGUGGGUAUUUUCAUUGCCUUUAUUGCGUUUAAUAUAGUUAUGACCGUGUUUUUGUACUGGUUGGUUAGAGUGCCUAAGGGAAACAGAGAAAAGAGCAAUAGUUGGUUUUCCAAAUUUGCCAUUUACAAUGGAUACAAUGAGCAAGUUUAG